AUGGCUUAGAGAUUGGACAUAAAUUCUUUGGUGCAUUUGAACAAUUUCAUAUUUCUUGUCUUUUCAAUUUGCGCGGAUAAAAUAGUGACAGAGGAUUUUCAAUGCAACGAUUCUGAAGGGAUUGGAUUUCUCCAUUUUAUCCUUUAUGGAAAUUUGAUAGUGUAAUUGCUAAAUACAUAAUUUAGAUACGGAAUUAUAUUCAUAAUACAGUUCUUGAGUGCAUGCAAUUUAUUGGAUACAUGCACCAGAAAAUUUGGAGCUGUUUGCAUAACAAUUAAUACAUUUGUCUUUUUUGGAGGAGUGAUUAUAUUCGAUAUUAUAUCAAUGCUCUACGGAAUCAAGCAACAUUUCUUUUCAGCGAGAUCUAAAUGUAGAGAAAUCGAACUCUUUACGAUGUGCUGUGCCUAUAUUUUCGUAGUCUGGAUGAGUGUAAUGAUAAUUGGAGCAAUUAACCACAUCAUUGACUACUUUAAACCAAGAAAUGAUCUGAUAUAACCAUUAAAUAAGAACCCUGCGGUUUUGUGA